AUGAUGAAUUCCAGCAUGGAAAAACAAUGGAAGGAUGAGACGACGACGGAAGAAUGUUUUCACUCGUCUAAAUCAAUUCAACAUUUGCUUGAUAAUAACAAGAAAUGGCGAGAAGAGUUAGUCAAACGUGAUUCCUCUCUUUUUGAUCGUACGGCCGUUGGUCAACAUCCUGAAUAUCUCUGGAUUGGAUGUUCCGAUUCUCGUGUGCCAGCGGAGGAGGUCACGGGAUUAGAUCCUGGUGAGAUGUUUUGUCAUCGUAAUGUUGCAAAUUUAGUCGUAACAAAUGAUAUUAAUGUCCUCUCGGUCGUCCAAUACGCCGUGGAAUCACUUCAAGUGAAGGAUAUUAUUGUCUGUGGUCACUAUGGAUGUGGUGGUGUCAAGGCUGCAAUGGAAAAUAAUCAUAUUGGGAUCUUGGAUACGUGGUUACGUACGAUUCGUGACAUUCAUCGGAACCACAAAGACGAAUUGGAUGCUCUACCAAAUGAUGAUGCACGUUAUCGCCGUACCGUGGAGCUCAAUGUGAAACAACAAUGCCUCAAUAUAUUCAAGAUGAAUGUAAUUCAGCAUCGUCUAGGACGGAUUGAUGAACCCAAUAUCCAUGGUCUUGUCUAUGACAUUUGCACUGGUGGACUCAAGGAGCUUAAGGUUGAUUACCAUGGAUACUUUUCAAAACUUGUGAGUGACGAUAGUCUCCAUGCUUUUCCCGAUGGUGAACCAACAAUGGGUCUCGCCCAUCAACGUCGGAAUGCAAUUCUCGAUCUUGGAGACGGUCUUGAGAAUGAACCGGGUUUGGUUCGUACUCGUUACAUGGCUCGUAUGUUAAAACGUGAGUCGGAUCUCUUUACACCAGAAGAAGUGGAUGAAGCAAUUGAAACGAUCACGAGUCAGAUGGAGGGCGAUCCAAUGAAUUCCUUCCUAAACAUCAAAGACCUCAUUGCGUACUUUGCACCGAUGAAAGCCAAGCAAAUGAUUGAGGAAUGUUAG